AGUGCCUUAAGGGAAAUGUAGUCCAACGCUAGAAAAGCGGCGUUGCUGGUAAUCCUGUAGCGGGUAAUCAGGUCCCGGCCUAGGCCUGGCUGGUCACGGGGAACGCCCCAGGCCGCAUCGCGGAGACUUCUGGGAGUGAUCGCUCACCUUCAUAGUGCGCAGGCGCAGCGCACGGAGUGGACAUUUUGGUCUUUGUCCGCGGGCCUGUACGGCCUCUAGGUCCACGUGGCGCGAAAGUAGGAGGAGUACCUCUAAAGUAGAUUUCUCCAAGUGGAAUUGCCCAGUGGGGCCAUUUCCUUGCGCAUCUCUGGAAAGUGCACCUUCCUCAUCCUUCAGAAGGUUCAGGGGCCCCAGGGCUCAUUCUGAAUUCUAGAACGGUAUUUUGGUCACAGCAGUAAUAGUUGGGCGCUGUGUCAUUUCCUCCAGUAGCAGGUUUUAAAGAGACUUUGAAAACCUGAUAUGAUCUUCCAUUGAAGAAGACAAACUGGAUGGUGGAGAGUCUGUCUAGAUCAGCCUGCCACUCUUCAUUUGCCUCCAGUACCUCUUUUCAUUGCUGCCUUUCUGCCGCUUUUCGUGACUGUGUAUGUUAGGAAAAAACAAAGAAUAAACCUGAGAAGAUAAUGACCAGAUGAGAAACAUCAAGACUUUGGAGGCAAGUUGUAUCCAUCUCCAAUAAAUACUGACUGGGCAAAAAAAUAGUGAACAUAAGAAAAUUAGAAAAACCCUUUUCUCACAGAUCUUAUUUCUCUUAGGGCAACACAUUUUUGAAAUUUUCACUUCAGAAAACAGUUUAGGCUUAAUUAUGAGGGAGGUUGUGUAGAAAAGAGUCAUCAGCUUUAUUAAUUUGAAAAUCGUCUACCAGAGCUAACUCCUUGUAGUAAUAGCCUCUUGUAAAUCAGUGUGGAAAUGCUUUUGUACCCUGUUUGAUAGCAGAGUAUUCCCCACUGGAGAAAAACUGUAUGAAUUUACUGAAUGUAGGCAAACAUUUGUUCACCUGUGUUGUCCCAUUGAACUAAGAAGUCAUGCUGAAGAGACACCCUGUGCUUCUAAGGAAUAUUACAAAGCCAUUAGCUAGAUGACGGAUCUCAUUGAGCAACAGAAAAUUCAUACUGGAGAGAUACCAGAGAACAUAGUAUAACCUCAUUGAAUAUUAGCAGUUUUUCCUGGAGAGAGCUUUGUGCUACGUGUGAUAAAAUUGUCCUUAAACUUUAUUCCUUAUUCUGCAUUUGAGAGGUCAUACACAGAGAAGCCUUAUAAAUGUAAGAAAUGUGGAAAUACCUUCAGCCAAAAGUAAAUCCUAAUUCAUCAAAAAGUUCAUACUGGAGAGAAAUCUUGUGAAUGUGGGCAAGCUUCCAUUCCGAUGUCACACCUCAGCCAGCAGAGAAAUUGUAGUGGGGGAAACCCCUUUGCCUGUAAGGUAUGUGGGAAAAUCUUCAGCCACAAAUCCAAUCUCACUGAGCAUGAGCUUUUUCAUACAAGAGAGAAACCUUUUGAAUGUAAUGAAUGUGGGAAAGCCUUUAGCCAAAAGCAGUAUGUCAUUAAACAUCAGAACACCCAUACUGGAGAGAAGCUUUUUGAAUGUAAUGAUUGUGGAAAAUCCUUUAGCCAGAAGGAAAACCUCCUUACCCAUCAGAAGAUUCACACUGGAGAGAAACCUUUUGAGUGCAAAGAUUGUGGGAAAGCUUUUAUUCAGAAGUCAAACCUCAUCAGACACCAGAGAACUCACACGGGAGAGAAGCCCUUCAUAUGUAAGCAGUGUGGGAAAACAUUUAGUGGCAAAUCAAAUCUUACUGAGCAUGAGAAAAUUCAUAUUGGAGAGAAACCCUUUAAAUGUAAUGAAUGUGGAACAGCUUUUGGCCAGAAGAAGUACCUCAUUAAGCAUCAAAACAUUCACACUGGAGAGAAACCUUAUGAAUGUAAUGAAUGUGGAAAAGCCUUCUCUCAGCGAACAUCACUUAUUGUGCAUGUGAGAAUUCAUUCAGGUGAUAAACCUUAUGAAUGCAAUGUAUGUGGAAAAGCCUUCUCUCAGAGUUCAUCUCUCACUGUGCAUGUGAGAAGCCAUACAGGUGAGAAGCCCUAUGGUUGUAACGAAUGUGGGAAAGCUUUCUCACAGUUCUCAACCCUAGCCCUGCAUUUGAGAAUACACACAGGUAAGAAGCCUUAUCAAUGUAGUGAAUGUGGGAAAGCUUUCAGUCAGAAGUCACACCACAUUAGACACCAGAAAAUUCAUACUCAUUAAAAAACGUGAAUAUCAUCAAAAUGGGAAAAUGCACCAGGAAUUUGUAUCUCACAGUACACCUGAAAUAUUCUGAAGCAAAGCAUUGCAGGUGAGAACUUCAAUAAAUGCUAAAACUUACAGGACACCAACUAGUUCAUACUGAAGAAAAAGACAUUUGUAUGAUGAAAAGACUCCCUGACUGAGUAAACUAUAGCAGAGGUAAUAUUAACUUUAGAUGCAUUUCCCUAAAAUUGGGAACAGAAAAUAGAGGCCUGUUGCUGCACUCACAUAAGUCUGGAGUUCUUCACCAAUAUAAGAAAAGGUAUAAGUAUCAGAAAGAAUCAA